CAAGCGGCUGCCGCGGCUGUGUUUUGAAUCGGAGGAAGUUUUAACCGUCAGGCGGUUCCGCGGCUCGAGAGGAAGAGUAACGUGUGUUUGUUGAUUUCUUUGCGUGAAACCGAGUAAAAGUUGACACGUCGACAUGGAUUUGGACGCAAUGAAAUACGCAGAGCUGCGAAACGUCGCCAAGGAGCUCGGGCUGAAGGGAAACAUGAAGGCGGAUAAACUGUUGAAGCUGAUCAAGCAGCAUUAUCAGAAAGAAAAGAACGAGGAGGAGGAGGAGGAGGAGGAAGAGCAGGGUCAAGGUCCGGAUGCAGCUGCUGUAGAGGAGGAUGUAAAUGCAGGACAAGGCGCUGCUCAGGAGAGUGAAGAUGCAACUUCUCAGGAAGAAGUUUCCAGCACCGCAGCGUUUGUGAACACACGUCGAGGCAGAGGAAACGGUACCAAGAGAAAGGUCUCUGAUACGGAGGCUGAGUGUGAUGUGUCUCCCCCGACUGCUGCAGAGGGUGAUGUGGAAGUGGCUGCGUCUGCUGCACCCCGUGGUGCGAGGCGUUCAAAGAAGAGGAAAGUGUCUUCUGUCAAAGACUCUGACCAAACCGAGCCUCAGAAGGAGUCCCAGGUCCCAGAGAGCGAGCAGCAGCUGUCUGACGCGACGGAUGAAGCCCCUGGUACAGAAAAGGCAACAAAAGUAGCCAAAGCUGGUAAAAUCCCUCGUUACCAAGGCCUGCAGCAGAAGAAGCAGUUGAAGCCCGUCACUCCCAACUUCAAAAAACUCCACGAGGCCCACUUUAACAAGAUGGAGUCCAUUGACUCUUACAUGCAGCGGAAGACGAAGCAGAUGGACACCUACAGAGCUUCAGUUAAAGAACUCAAGAAUAUUUCAGACAAAACUAAACUGCAGCAAGCUGAUGGCAAAACCCGAGCAAAGGCAAAUCAGAGUCGUACGUCCAUCCUCAGUCCUGCUCCCGUCAACAAGAGAACAGCUGACGGCCGACGCACUCUGCUCUCAGCGAGUAAAGCUCCUCCGAAGGAAGCUGCUGGGGAGGAAGACGCUCCGUUCAGACCCUCUGUCCUUUCCACUCGCAGGAUCAAUGUUCGGUUCACCGAAGCCACCAAAGACAAUGAGUUUAAGAGGUCCUUGGUGAAGACGCCGGCUCGCAAGUCAGCCUGUGUGACCUCGAGCACGCCACAAAUACAGACGACUGGUGAAGUCAAGUCCAUCAAUGUCAAGACUACAACUUUCUCUGCUGCAAAAACUCCAGGGGCGUUCAUUUUCACUGGCAACACAAGCACCGCUGAAACCCCUGGAACACAGAAGAAGCAGAGUUUUGACCUGAAGGCGAGUCUGUCUCGUCCUCUCUCCUACAAGCCGCAUACAGGUAAACUAAAGGCUUUUGAAGAUGUGAAAGAAAACACAACAACGGCAGCAGACAAGUCUCUGAUCUCCAACUCGCAUCAGACAAAUUAUAAAAAGCACCAAGUCCAAACAAGGGAUAACAGGAGAGAAAAACACACCGCAGACCGGAAGCAGAAGAAAGAGAGCGUGCUCGGGGCGAGACGAGGCCUCGUCAUGAUGUAAAAAUAUUGCGCUUGUUUGUAGACAUUUGUACAGCCUGUUGUUCCUCUGUAAAUAUUUUGCUGUCUGCAGCCGACUAAUCUCUGCUGCUUUUUAGCCUUCUGUAGAGAAGCUUUCAUCGUUCUGUCAAGCUACUGUACUUUGGUUGUAGAUUUAACACGUGUAUUAGUUACACUUUAACUCUGUUUAAUGAUGCAUUUAGAUGUGUAGAGGAUUGUUCUUCUGUUUUGCUGCAUUUGAAAUUUUAAUUUGUUCUUAAAAUGUAUACUUUUUUUGGGACAGGCUGGUUAGACUGGUGCAAAAGAUGUUCUUGUUUGCAUUCGCCAAUUAAAUUUGCUAUUGCUGUUU